AUGCAGUCAAGCAAUGUCUUUCCAGGUAUGGAGUCCAACAAGAAGACGAAGAAGACGAGGCGGGGCAAGAAAAAGGGCCCUGCAGGAAACCAAGCCUCAUCUGCAAAGACCAAUGGUGGACAGUCGGCCAAGGAAGGUAGUACGGCAGAUGUCAAGACCGAGAAGGGUAAGGAGAAGGACGAAAAGAUGACGGUCGGCGCGACACCAUCGCAGACUGGCCCUGGCAUGGACAUCACCACCACCGCCGGUGCGGACUUUUUCAAGAGCAAGUCUCAGCUCCAGACACCUCAAAAAUCUUUCUCGACCCUUCCGAUCUUCAAGGGCCCUCUUCUUGCAAAUUCGUCUCCUUUGGGCACACAGUCGUCAUCGUCCAUGUUGACCACCGCCUCGGUCGGUCUGAAUCUCGCCAGACCUCCUGCUGCCGGUACAGGAGGCUUCCAUCACCAGCUCCCCAAAGGCGUCGCCGCCGCUGCUUCCGCCGCCGCCACUACCACGGGUAAGACCAAGGCGGGCUUUAGCUACACUUUCCCUAUGAGCACCGCCGCCGAUGCCCAGAGGACCCUGUCCACCAACAAGGGACCUACCGCCGAGGAGCUGAGACGCAAGUCCUUGCAGAGGUCGGAGGUGGUGCGGGCCAAGAUAAAGGCAAAUGCACAGAAGCAGAAGCAGCAGCAGCAGGCUGACAAGGGUGCUGGAGGGUCUGGUGCUAGGAUUGGCUCAGCACCUGGGCCUAGCAGUGUCGGGACGAGCAAGACAAAGUUUGCAACCGUCGCGCCGGCAAAGGACAGUUGGAAGGCUCGUCCUCCCAGUCCUACUUCUUCUUCUGCGCCCGGCGAGUGGAAAGUCAUGUACCAGUGGCAGCCGCCGCCCAAGUCCAAGCCCGGUGCUGCGAAACGCAAAAAGGAGCCUAGCAGCAGUUCGAGCGAAACAGCUCCCCUGCCCGCCACGGGCCCCAGCAGCGCAAGUGGAGCCUCGAAGCCAGCCAAGAAAAAGCCCGUGCCUGCGUCGUCGUCAAACAAAUCCAAACCGCUCACGUUCGCGCUGGGACCCACGUCUGCCGGUGCUGCGUCUGCGGCCCAACCGAACGGAAUCAAGUACCACAUAGUCGUGUACAAGAAACCGUACUUGCCCAGCAUGCGGCCGCAGCGCGACUGCUGGCACGGCCGCGUCGGGCUGUAG